GCCAGGCGAAGCGGAGCCGGCCGUGCGGUGUGUGUGUAUGUGUUCACGGGGCUCCGUCUCAGCCCCGGGAAGAUGGUGGCGGCGGCGGCGGCGACUGAGGCGAGGCUGAGGAGGCGGACGGCGGAGGCUGCAGCGCCCGCGCGGAGGAAGGGCGGGCGGCACCAGGACUGGGACGUGACCGGGGCUGGGAGGCCGGGGCUGGGGGCCGGGCUGCGUCUCCCGCGGCUGCUGUCGCCGGCGUUGCCACCGCGGCGGCUUCUGCUGCUGCUCCUGCUGCUGUUUUUGCUGAUGCCUUGGGAGGCCGAGGCCGCGGCGGCCGCCGCAGCAGUGUCGGGCUCAGCCGCAGCUGAGGCGAAGGAAUGUGACCGGCCCUGUGUCAACGGCGGCCGCUGCAAUCCUGGUACCGGCCUGUGCGUCUGCCCCACCGGCUGGGUGGGCGAGCAAUGCCAGCACUGCGGGGGCCGCUUCAGUACUGGGGAUUGGAUCCAAGGAAUUGUGCAUGCUAGACUAACUGGAUCUUCUGGGUUUGUAACAGAUGGACCUGGAAAUUAUAAAUAUAAAACAAAGUGCACAUGGCUCAUUGAAGGACAGCCAAAUAGAAUAAUGAGACUUCGUUUUAAUCAUUUUGCUACAGAGUGUAGUUGGGAUCAUUUGUAUGUUUAUGAUGGAGACUCAAUUUAUGCACCACUAAUUGCUGCUUUUAGUGGCCUCAUUGUUCCUGAGAGAGAUAGCAACGAGACUGUCCCAGAGGUUGUUGUCACAUCAGGUUAUGCCCUGCUACAUUUUUUUAGUGAUGCUGCUUAUAAUUUGACUGGAUUUAAUAUCACUUACAAUUUUGACAUGUGUCCGAACAAUUGCUCAGGCCGAGGAGUCUGUAAGAUAAGUAACAGCAGCAACACUGUUGAGUGUGAGUGUUCUGAAAACUGGAAAGGUGAAUCAUGUGACGUUCCUUACUGUACAGACAACUGUGGCUUUCCUCAUCGAGGCAUCUGCAAUUCAAGUGAUGUCAGAGGAUGCUCCUGCUUCUCUGAUUGGCAGGGUCCUGGAUGUUCAAUUCCUGUGCCAGCUAAUCAGUCAUUUUGGACGCGAGAGGAAUAUUCUAAUUUAAAGCUUCCCAGAGCAUCUCAUAAAGCAGUGGUGAAUGGAAAUAUAAUGUGGAUUGUUGGAGGAUACAUGUUCAACCACUCAGAUUACAACAUGGUUCUAGCGUAUGACCUUGUUUCUAAGGAAUGGCUUCCACUGAACCGUUCUGUGAACAAUGUGGUUGUGAGAUAUGGUCAUUCUUUAGCCUUAUAUAAGGAUAAAAUUUAUAUGUAUGGAGGAAAAAUUGAUUCAACAGGGAAUGUGACCAAUGAGUUAAGAGUGUUUCAUAUUCAUAAUGAGUCGUGGGUGUUGUUGACCCCAAAGGCAAAGGAGCAGUAUGCAGUGGUUGGGCACUCAGCACACGUCGUUACACUGAAAACUGGCCGAGUGGUCAUGCUGGUCAUUUUUGGUCACUGUCCUCUCUAUGGCUAUGUAAGCAAUGUACAGGAGUAUGACUUGGAUAAGAACACUUGGAAUAUAUUAAAUACGCAAGGUGCCCUUGUGCAAGGGGGCUAUGGCCACAGCAGUGUUUAUGAUCACAAGACCAAAGCCCUAUAUGUUCACGGUGGCUACAAGGCUUUCAGUGCAAAUAAAUACCGGCUCACUGAUGACCUCUACAGAUAUAGUGUAGAUACUCAGAUGUGGACCAUUCUUAAGGACAGCCGAUUUUUCCGUUACUUGCACACAGCUGUGAUAGUGAGUGGAACCAUGCUGGUGUUUGGAGGAAAUACACACAACGACACAUCUAUGAGCCAUGGUGCCAAGUGUUUCUCUUCAGAUUUCAUGGCCUAUGACAUUGCUUGUGACCGUUGGUCAGUGCUUCCCAAACCUGAUCUCCACCAUGAUGUCAACAGAUUUGGCCACUCAGCGGUCUUACACAACAGCACCAUGUAUGUGUUUGGUGGUUUCAACAGUCUCCUCCUCAGUGACAUCUUGGUGUUUACCUCAGAACAGUGUGAAGCACACCAGAGUGAAGCUGCUUGUGUAGCAGCAGGACCUGGUAUCCGGUGUAUGUGGGAUACAGAAACAUCUCAGUGUGUCUCCUGGGAAUCAGUCACAGAAGAACAAGCCAUGAAGUUAAAAUCAGAAUGUUUUUCCAAAAGAUCUCUUGACCAUGACAGAUGUGACCAGAACACAGAUUGCUACAGCUGUACAGCCAACACCAAUGAUUGCCACUGGUGCAGUGACCAUUGUGUCCCUAGGAACCACAGCUGCACAGAAGGCCAGAUCUCCAUUUUCAAGUAUGAGAAUUGCCCCAAGGAUAACCCUAUGUACUACUGUAACAAGAAGACCAGUUGCAGGAGCUGUGCCCUGGACCAGAAUUGCCAGUGGGAGCCCCGGAAUCAGGAGUGCAUUGCUCUGCCUGAAAACAUUUGUGGCAUGAGCUGGCAUUUGGUUGGAAACUCAUGUUUGAAAAUUACUACUGCCAAGGAGAAUUAUGACAAUGCUAAAUUGUCCUGUAGAAAUCACAAUGCCUAUUUGGCUUCUCUUACAACCCUGAAGAAGGUGGACUUUGUCCUUAAGCAGCUUCGAAUGAUGCAGUCAUCACAGAGCAUGUCCAAGCUCACCUUAACCCCAUGGGUUGGCCUUCGGAAAAUCAACGUGUCCUACUGGUGCUGGGAAGAUAUGUCUCCAUUUACAAAUAGCCUACUGCAGUGGAUGCCGUCUGAGCCCAGUGAUGCUGGCUUCUGUGGAAUCUUGUCAGAACCCAGUACUAAGGGAUUGAAGGCUGCAACCUGCAUCAACCCACUGAAUGGCAGUGUCUGUGAAAGGCCAGCAAACCACAGUGCCAAGCAGUGCCGGACACCAUGUGCCUUGCGGACAGCGUGCGGGGAGUGCACCAGCAGCAGCUCUGAGUGCAUGUGGUGCAGCAACAUGAAGCAGUGUGUGGACUCCAAUGCCUAUGUAGCCUCCUUCCCUUUUGGGCAGUGUAUGGAGUGGUACACGAUGAGCAGCUGUCCCCCGGAAAAUUGUUCUGGCUAUUGUACAUGCAGUCACUGCUUGGAGCAGCCAGGCUGUGGCUGGUGUACCGAUCCCAGCAAUACUGGGAAAGGGAAGUGCAUAGAAGGCUCCUAUAAAGGACCAGUGAAAAUGCCUUCUCAGUCCUCCACGGGAAUCAUCUACCCUCAGCCCCUUCUAAAUUCCAGCAUGUGUAUGGAGGAUGGCAGAUACAACUGGUCUUUCAUUCACUGUCCAGCUUGCCAGUGCAACGGCCACAGCAGAUGUAUCAACCAGAGUGUCUGUGAGAAGUGUGAGAACCUGACCACCGGCAAGCACUGUGAGACCUGCAUAUCUGGCUACUAUGGAGACCCCACUAACGGAGGCAAAUGCCAGCCAUGCAAGUGCAAUGGACAUGCGUCGCUGUGCAAUACCAAUACUGGCAAGUGCUUCUGUACCACCAAGGGCGUCAAGGGGGACGAGUGCCAGCUAUGUGAGGUAGAAAAUCGGUAUCAGGGAAACCCUCUCAAAGGAACAUGUUAUUAUACUCUUCUUAUUGACUAUCAGUUCACUUUUAGCCUGUCCCAGGAAGAUGACCGGUAUUACACAGCCAUCAAUUUUGUGGCUACUCCUGAUGAACAAAACAGGGAUUUGGACAUGUUCAUCAAUGCCUCUAAAAACUUCAACCUCAACAUCACCUGGGCUGCCAGCUUCUCAGCUGGAACUCAAGCUGGAGAGGAGAUGCCUGUUGUUUCAAAAACCAACAUUAAGGAGUACAAAGAUAGCUUUUCUAAUGAAAAAUUUGAUUUUCGCAACCACCCAAAUAUCACUUUCUUUGUUUACGUCAGUAAUUUUACCUGGCCUGUCAAAAUUCAGAUCGCCUUCUCCCAGCACAGCAACUUUAUGGACCUGGUGCAGUUCUUCGUGACUUUCUUCAGUUGUUUCCUCUCUUUGCUCUUGGUGGCUGCUGUGGUUUGGAAGAUCAAACAAAGUUGUUGGGCCUCCAGGCGUAGAGAGCAACUUCUUCGAGAGAUGCAACAGAUGGCCAGUCGACCCUUCGCCUCUGUAAAUGUUGCCUUGGAAACAGAUGAGGAACCUCCUGACCUGAUUGGGGGAAGUAUCAAGACUGUCCCCAAGCCCAUUGCCCUGGAGCCAUGUUUUGGCAACAAAGCUGCUGUCCUCUCUGUGUUUGUGAGGCUUCCGAGAGGCCUGGGUGGAAUCCCUCCUCCCGGGCAGUCGGGUCUCGCUGUGGCCAGUGCCCUGGUGGACAUUUCUCAGCAGAUGCCAAUAGUGUACAAAGAGAAGUCAGGAGCAGUGAGAAACCGGAAGCAGCAGCCCCCUGCACAGCCUGGAACCUGCAUUUGAUGCUGGGCCAGGGACUCGCCCAGCACCGGGCACGUGCCCACCAGAGCCACCGGAGGGAUGGCACGGGCGGGGACACAGUGAUGCCGUGUGGGCAGGAGACUGGAAACCCUCAAAGCACCCAAUUCAUCUGCAUGAUCACAGACUUCUUUGAUGGUCUCCCAUCCGCAUCCAGCAUCUAACCUGUUAUUUUUGCGUAGGAAAUAAUUUCUCUUCAGGUCCAGGGAUGGUCUGCUUGUUGUGGAGGAGGCCAGCGUGGAGCCAGCACGAGAGCGAGUAGCGACACCCGGGUUUGCUUAUGGAAGCUGUCCUGGGACUGUCUCAGCUGCAAAAACAGAAAGACGGGAUCACAAGUCGACCUUCUUCAUCUUCUGUUGUUCUUCAGUGUGGUCUUCUACAAACUACUCAGAUGAAUUCACUUGUUUUUAUCUGAAGCCUGUGAUCUUUUUUAAAGAUGUGCUGUUUACGUUUGCACAAUUUCAGCAGAUCAUCUUUCUUCCAGGAAGUAGCUUUUUUCUAGUUGAGAAUUAAUAAUGUCCAUCUCUUGAAUUGUGUCAAACUGGCAUAGAAGGGGGCUGUAUGGAAUGUCAAGGUCAGCAGUAUUACCUAGAGUGUAAGUGGAUGUAAUAGGUGUUUUCUAUAGCAACUUAAAUUUAGUCUUAAUCCAUUUGAAAUUCUUUCUUCUAAUCUUCCUCUCCUCUCCCCUCCCCUCUUCUCCUCUCCCUUCCCCCUCCCUCCCCUCCCCUCCGUUUCUCCUCUCUCUCUCU